AUGGAUUUGAUGGUGGAAUUGGAGGAUAAGGGGCGGCAAAACCGCAAACUUGUAGUAGCGCAUCACCAGAGGCGAAGAGGGAGAUCGAAGUUCGUAGUUGCUCAAAAUGCAAGAGGCAUUGUGGCUCCAUCAGAAGAUAGUUUGAUAGAGGGUAAAAUUAUCUAUGAAAAGGUUGCAACUGCAUUUAAUCUGGAGAAAGAUGUGGUCAUCGCUAAUCUUGAUGCUGAUGCGCACAAGGAUCUUGCAGAAAAGUAUGGUAUUAGCUAUUUUCCUACAUUGAAGUUCUUCCCAAAGAACAACAAGGCUGGUGAAGAUUAUGAUGGUGACAGAGAUUUAGAUAAUUUUGUUACUUUCAUUAAUGAGAAGUGCAGACAAAGUUACUGA